AUGCAUUAUCCUCCCACUUCUAACAUCCUUGGAGAAGAUCCUACAGAUGGUUACAAUGGCCCAUAUCCUGCCUACUGGAUCAAGCGUCCAGAAGGCAGUGUCCCAUUUGUGCAGGAGGAGGUGUUGCCAUCAGAAGCAGCAUACCAAACCAUUUACACCCUCUUCCACAAGUCUCUCUCAGAGGACAAAGUUCUUCUGCUCUCAGUUCACAGGAUCCGGAAUGACUUUCUCUGGCAAAAAUACUGCAGCCAGAAGGAUUUAAUGUCACAGAGUCUCUCAGCAGAGGAGAAAUUGAGGCUAGAGAAGCACCUCUUCCACAGCACCUCAGCCAAACGCCUGGGGUUCACCUGCCAGAUAAAGUUUGACACUCACCUCUCAGGAUCACAUAUGUAUGGCAGAGGUUGCUAUUUCAGUGUGAACGCAGACCAGGCUGACCGCUAUUCCCAGGCAGGGAAGGGUGGACUGCGCCACAUGUUCUUGGCCAAAGUAUUGGUUGGCAAAUGUACACGCGGGAAAAAGCAUUAUUGGCAGCCUCCACAAAUACAGUCUGGUAGGGAAUGCUUUGACUCAUGUGUGGAUAAUGUGACCAGUCCAAAUAUUUAUGUGAUCUUCAAUAGCUACCAGUGCUAUCCAUACUUCCUGAUCAGCUACAAACUCUUAUCUGACCCUGUGGUGCUAGAUGAUUGA